ACCAGUCUUGUUGCCAGGGUCAUACUAUAAUGAAUGCCCUAAUCGGUAAGUGAUAAGAAAAGAGGAGAAUAUUUUCGGAUGUUAUUAAUAAUUCAUAAUAUCACACAAAUUCUUUCUUAUUUUCCAGUGCUAUUAGCAAUUCUGGCUACGGCGUUUGCCGUUCCAGGUAUGUCAACCGAAAAUAAAAAACAGAUAAAAUUCUUUAUAUAAAGAAGACAUAAAUUUUCUCAAAUAUUAUUACAGUACCUUUCCCGCAUGGAAAAAGUUUGGCUUACAAAUAUCAUGCUGUUGUGAAGGCUGGAACCAUUGAGCCGACUCCAUUCGCGUCUGAUUUUAAGAUCGAAUGUCUUCUUCAAGUGCACCACGAUGUCACCAAUCCAACUUCGAAGAAUAUCUUCUAUAUUGCCUUAACUAAUGUGAAAUAUGGAUUGCAUAAUGGACGCAUGCUCCAUUAUGAGUCUGAACCUGUUAUGUUACCGAUUGACGAUGCUGCUAAUGCGAUCUUGAACCCUUUCGUCGUCGUCUACAAUGAACAUGGACACCUUGAAGGUGUACAAUUCGUAGAAAAUGAACCAGGAUGGUCAAAGAAUUUGAAAAAGGGUAUCGCCUCUGUGCUUCAAUUGGACUUGGUUCAUAUUCAUGUUCAGACCCCUACAAACGUACAUGGCUUCAUAUCUCAAGAGGUUACCAUUCACGGCACUUGCGAAGUUGCUUAUAACGUGCUGCCAGUAGAUCAUUCAGGAUCCAGCAAAGAAUUUGUAGUUACAAAACUCUAUGAAUCGAAGAACUGUUCUCGCUUUAAAUAUUACGAGUUUAACCAUGUCGAAUGCGACAAAUGUCAAAUACAUGAAGGGGAUGACACGAGCACCGUUACCAAACGUGUUUUCGUAAUAGACAACUACGAUAAUGAAAUUCUUAUAAAAAAAUUAAUUGGUCAUUCAGUGAUUAAUUACCUGCCAUGGUUGGCUGCAUCAGAGGCCCAUUAUCUUUUGAUUAACCAAACUUUGGUUCUCGGAGAUGUCGUCCCUGUAACUGACGUUCAUUUAUCGCCCUUGAAACGUCUAAUUGUCACACCUAUCGAGAAGAUUAUCUACGAUGAACCUAAAACUCCAUAUGUUCCUGAGGCUGACAUAGACGUAACUCAUCAUCGACAUGUCGUUAAGCUCGAUGAACUUGUGGUUAAAGUGAAGAAAAUGUUGAACGAGGCUGCUGGUUAUCUGAAAGAAAGUCAUAUUGAUAAGAAACAACCAGACUGGAAGCAUGAUCAAACAAUCAAUAGAAUUUUUCACAUUAUGGGAUUCAUGAACGUUGUAUCUCUGGAGAAAGUGUAUAAUGAAAUUCAAGAUGCCAAAGAUGCCACAGAGAAAGCAAUGAAAAAUAUUUUCCUCGCAAUAGUGCCGCACGUAGGAACUCCGGCUGCCUGCAUUUUCACACGAAAUGUAGUUCGUACAAACAGCGUACCAAAUUGGGUUGCCAUCACGAUGCUUGCCAAUCUUCCGAUGCACGUAAAAGUUCCUUCGAAGGAACUGCUUUUACAGAUGGAAGAACUUCUUAACUUAGGCGAUUCCGUUUCGCCGAGUGUUAGGGAAGCUAGCAUAUUUUCCUUUGCUACAUUGAUUCAUAAGACCUAUGAGAAAGAGCAAAUCGAAAUCGUUGAUCUUUUGGAUAGAUAUUUGAAACAUUUCAUGGAGCAUGUUAGAACCGAGCCGACGUUCCACAUGAAGAUGGUAUACAUGAUGGCCAUGAAGAAUGUUCGGCUGAGCCAUGUUUUGAAACAUCUGGAGUCUAUCAUUAGUGGCAAAGAGGUUGUUUCCGAAAAGCCAUACAAUAUUCGUGUGCAAGCUAUUUGGAUCGUUAAACACAUAAACGUCGAUCUCCAUUAUACUCACGAUUUACUCUGGCCAGUUCUUAGUGACGUUAGCCUUCCAACAGUAGUCAGAGUUGCUGCUUUCGAUGUACUGGUGCAUCAAGUAACUCAUCUAGGCCGUUUCAUGAAUAUAUACUGGUUAAUGGUUAACGAAAAGGACGAACAUCUCUACAAUUAUUAUGUAGAUACCAUUGAAGGACUUGCUAACUCGGUAGAUCCAUGCCUGAUGAAAACUCGGGAAAUUUGUAAGAAAGUGUUGAAGUUCAUUUCUAAAAGGAACGUGAAUGGCCCACUUUCAAGAAAAAUCCACGUAGAUUAUAAAGAUGAAAAAUACGGAUACGCUGAAAGCGUAAAAGUUUCAUUAGUUCUCGAUAGUUCUGGCUUCCCGUAUGUUGGUUCAGCUGAACAUGUUGAAACUGUCACUCGUAAACCCGUUCAUAAAUGGGGAGUUUACUGGAACAUAGAUGGCAUGGGCAAAAUCUUAAAGCAUAUAAAUCGUAAUGUGUUCAACGAAGUCGUAGAAGCAAUUAAAAAUGAUAAUGUGAAGAGUAUAUUGCAUCGAGCAGCUACAGAUAUGCCGAUACUUAAAGAUAUCAACGUUAACGUGAUUUUGACAAUGAAUAAUAAUGUUGUUUCGAUACUUCAUUCCGACAAGGAUAAUUCAUUAAAAAUUCUCGAUAAAUUGAAAGAAUGGAACAAAUUCAUUACUGAGUAUUUGAAUGAUAUUAACUGGCAGACUGUAUGGUAUCAUAAUCAUUACGAAAUGCAUGUGCCCACUGAUCUUGGUGUACCAGCCGCUUUAGUUUUGAAAGUACCCUCUUUGACUUCUCUCAGAGGAGAGUUUGAAUAUUCCGAGGAAAAAAAUCUUUUGAUCUUGAAAUCAAAACUUAAAUAUGAACAAUGGAUGCAUGGUGAAUACGUAAUGUCGGUUUACAAUCCUGUCGUUGAUACUUGGCACUCUGUUCGGAAGACAUCGUCCGUGGACGUUGUUUUGCCACAUGAUUUGAGCAUCGCUUACAAUCAGAAUGCAAAGAGCUUUAAAGUUACAUUGCCAAGAUUACCUGUUUCGGAGUUCUCGAUCGUUGGAAUGUCCAUUUCCGGGAAAAACUAUGUCACUCUCACAGGUGAUGAGCACGAUUUGCUGAAGAAGUUCUGUUCUACUUGUCGUCCCAUUCACGAAGUUAUUAUCACUGACGAUAGCUUAAAAACAUACGAUGUUUUCGAAUCGAAAGACACUGGAACUCGAUUUUCAAUAACACAUACUUGUGAGAACAAUGUUAUUCCUGUCUCACCUAUUACUCAGUGGCUUGAAGUAUAUCUAGACAAACAAGUGAAUACCAUGAGCUAUCUAUGGGUAAAGCCUGUCAUGGCUGUUCAUCAUAAAAUAAUGAACGACAUAAUUACAAAACAAGAGAAAAGUUGCGCGGUUGUGUAUAAAAUUGAACCAAGUAUUUCGCAUCCUACUUCGAUGAUUGAGUUGAAUGGAAAACUUAGCGUUCAAGACUUGGACUACACCCAUGAAAAGAUGGACUUGCUUAGCAACAAGAGAAUCGAUAUUCGUGGAAGCAUGAUUGUUAAAGCAGCAUCCACUGACGAAUCUGUAAGACGAUGGAAUCUGAAUGUUAACGUUAUGUUGUCUCAGGGACAUAUUAACAAUAAUGUCAAAGUUAUGAUCACACGUAUUACACCGCAAGAGGAAGAUCUGAAGAUAUGUAUCGAAGCGCAGAAAGAUUAUCCUGUAGUCAAUUCAGAUUUGUUAAAAGUUAGUGGAAAGAAGGAAGUUAAUUCGGUAAUGACGAUCACCAUGGGACACACGAAAGAAGAUAAAUGUGUACAUGAUGAAAUGGACGUUACAUUGACAGUGAAAGGUGAAGUGUUAGAAAAUCAACAAAAUCACAUCAUCCACGACAGUGUGUGCCACAAACAAAGUCAGAAUCCCUUAUUUUACCUCAAGGGAUCGAGGUUUUUGAUGCUACUUCCUAGCACUCCAGAAUGUAUCGAAGAAGCUAUACGCGAGUCAUCUCUAAGGAAAUACACUAUAAAUAUGACGCUAAAGACGGUACCCCCGCAAUUGUCAUCAGCUGUAAAUGUAGUGCACGAUAUUUUACGUGUUGUUUAUUUCCCCCAUAUGAAAUAUACUUGGAAACAUGUGGAGCCUCAACACGCGACGAUUCUCCUAGAAUUCCCAGAUUCGUCAUCUUUCCUUAAUACAGCCGUCGUUACUUCGACACAUAGUUACGAAUUGGUUAACUUACCAUUUGGUAAUGAACUUUGGAAUAUGUGGAUGAGUAACACACUAAUGCCUUUCUCAACAAUAUAUGAUUACGUUAACAAAGCAAUCAAGUUUUGCACAGUCAAUCCUCGAGUUAUUAUUAAUCUCGAUAAUGGUGUCACUCCAUUCAUCGUGUCAGAUAAAUGGACUUUGCUAUCCGGUGAUCAUGUAGAACAAACGUACAGUAUCUUCGUAAAAUCAGUACAAAACGAUCAAUUGGCCUUAAGAGUUUACAUAGGUGUACAUGAAUUAGAAAUUAUGCCUACCGAUGGAAGUGUGACGGUCACCGUAAAUAAUAAAGUUAUAGACAAGUACGAUAAGGGUGUCAUGGUACCUGAUAAUCCGGAAUUCUUUGCUAUCAGGUUGAUCGAAGCUAAUAAACGUAUAGUGAUUGAAUCUAGAAUGGUACCAAUCCAAAUUUACUACUUAACAGACAUUCUGACAGUUCUUGUAGGCACUGAACUUCAAGGACAACUGACUGGCUUGUGUGCUCACAUGGAUGGCAUUCAUAAAGUCGAAAUUCCAAAAAUAUAUAACAUGUCAUUAAAUAUGGCAGCUUUCUGGAAUCGAUUAGGGCAAUUUGGCAUUGGUUUGACUGCGACUGGUCUUCUUGUUAAUAAUGCUUUGUACAAUGUUGAUGGUGGUCAUAGAGCUGUUAUUUUUGAUAGAUUUACUGGAAUAAAAAAUCAGGUUGUUGGGGAAGGAACACAUUUCAUAAUUCCUUGGGUUCAGAGACCCAUCAUAUUCGAUAUUCGAUCAAUGCCAAGAAAUAUUCCCGUAAUUACUGGAAGUAAAGAUCUGCAGAAUGUAAACAUCACUCUUCGUAUUCUCUUUAGACCUAUACCAGACUCUUUGCCAAAAAUCUAUACUGUUCUUGGUAUAGAUUAUGCUGAGAGAGUAUUACCAUCUAUUACGAAUGAAGUAUUAAAAGCAGUAGUUGCCCAAUUUGAUGCCGGAGAAUUGAUCACUCAAAGAGAGAUUGUCUCUCAAAAAGUUAGAGAAGACUUAACAGAAAGAGCUUCGCAAUUUGGAUUGAUUUUAGAUGAUAUUUCUAUUACACAUUUAACGUUUGGAAAAGAAUUUACUCAGGCUGUGGAGAUGAAGCAAGUAGCACAGCAAGAAGCAGAAAAAGCUCGUUUCUUAGUAGAAAAGGCGGAACAACAUAAGAAGGCUGCUAUCAUUAGUGCAGAAGGUGAUGCUCAAGCUGCUAGUUUGAUUGCAAAAUCUCUUGGCGAGGCAGGCGACGGUUUAGUUGAACUAAGAAGAAUUGAAGCUGCAGAAGAUAUAGCUCAUAAUCUGUCUAGAUCUCGUCAAGUGGCUUAUUUGCCACCAGGUCAAAAUGUCUUAUUAAACUUACCGCAGUAUGGAAAAGACAUCAAAUUUCAUCAUUUAUUCGAAUCAUCAAUGAAUUAUGACGAUCAAUCAACGACUGGAGAGAUGAAAGAUUGUCACAGUCAGGGGUCUUCUGGUCCAACAUUUGUCGGCAUUGACAGAGAAAACAAUUCAUCACAAUUUGGCACUUGGGAUUUCUAUCGCCGAUGCUGA